AUGGUUGUUUUUACGCGAUUGUAUUUUUUGCGUAAACCUUUAAUUCUUUGUGCUGCUACUGGAUUUUUAUGGACAAAAUUAAAUAAUAAUGAUAUCGAUAGAGAAAAAAUAAAACUAACGAUUAAUCAAGCGGAUAUUAUUUGUCAAGGAUUUAAAGAAAAGCAAGGAAUUCCAGGUGUGAGUAUAGGUGUAACAAUGCAUGGUUCACUUGUAUGGAAAAAAGGUUAUGGUCUAGCUGAUAUUGAACAACGAGUUCCAUGUACACCCGAUACAGUUAUGCGUAUUGCAAGUAUUAGUAAAACGUUUACAACAACAAUAGCAGCACAAUAUGUGGAAAAAGGAAAACUUAAUUGGGAUGAUACAAUUGAUAAACAUCAUCCAGAUUUACCAAAAUUUAUAUAUGAAAAUCUACCUGUUUCAAUAACUAUUCGUCAAUUAGCUUCGCAUACAAGUGGUGUUCGUCACUAUUGGAAAAAAGGUGAACCAGAAACUGAUGAUGAAUUUAAUCUUCCAGAAUAUUAUAUAACUCGUUCAUUUUCGACAGUAGCUGAAUCUUUAUCACUCUUUCUUAAUGAUGAAUUACUUCAUCGACCAGGUACAUCGUGGCUUUAUACAACACAUGGUUUUACAUUAUUAAGUGCUAUAUUAGAACGUAUUUCUGAUGAUAAACAAACAUUUGUUCAACUCAUAGAAGAUCUUGUUAUCAAACAACUUGAUUUACGUCAUACUAAACUUGAAUAUCCAGAUGAACUUGUAUCAAAUCGAAGUCGUUAUUAUUGUCGUCGUUCAUUAAAAGAAGGUUUACGUAAUGUUGCAUAUGUUGAUUUAUCAUAUAAAUGGGCCGGUGGUGGAAUGUUAUCAAAUAUAAAUGAUCUUCUUAUAUUUGCUAAUACUCUUUUACAAUGUCGUCAAACAAAAUCAAUUGAUUCACAAUUAACUAAACAAUUAUUAAAAGCAGAAACAAUUCGAGAAAUAUGGACACCUAUUGUAGCUACGAAGAAGAAAAAUAUUUUUUAUGGUUUAGGAUGGAUGAUAGCAAAAGAACAGACAUCUUCUAUUAAUGAAUUUACUAUUCCAUCUCAUAUAUAUCAUACAGGUGGUGCUGUUGGAGCUACAUCUAUACUUCUUAUUAUUCCAUGUUCAAAUAAUUGUUCAAAUCCACGUUGUGGUAUAUGCAUAAGCAUUUUAACAAAUCUUCAAAGUGCUCGAGAUAUUUAUCAAACAGCAUUAGAUAUUGCUUUACUUUUUCGUCAAGUUUCACCAUGUUCAAGUCACUCUAAUCUGUGA